UGCUGAUAUUGGCGGAUCGGGACAGUUAUGAGAAGAUUAAAUUCACGCUCUAAAAAUUUCGCCAUGAUUGACCUAAUUCUGGAGUGGAUUUCUUUCGAAAGUUUGCCUGCCAGUUUGGGUCGUUUAGGGUUGUGAUGGAGAAUAAUAUGAAGGUCUUUCGGGAAAGACGUAGUUCUUAUUAUGGAAAUAUGCCGAUUGAAUAAGGAUAUCUCAUCUAACUAAGUUAUUCAGCGUUAGAUUGAUGGGUUGGUCGUUUCCAUUUUUUCGAAAUUUUUGAGGUGGACUUCUUCCCCGAUUAUUCUUUUCAAUUUAGUCGCAUUUUUCAGCUUUUCAGUUAACGUUGAUAAACUUGGAACAUUACAGUUAGAACUGGGGCGUAUGGUUAUAAUCAUUCAGUUUAAGAUGGGAUGUUCAUCGACUGAAAAGCAAAUUCAACAUAAGCAAGUUUUGGCACGCGACUAAAGCGUGAUAGCGAAGCGGGCAUUGGCCAAUUGUGGGUUGUCGGCCUUUCCGGAAAUUGUCGGUAUUUUCCGGAAAAAAGAUGGCUGCGCCCAUAUUCUUUCUACGAAAUAUUUGUUUUCGUGUAAUUUCUAGACGGGAAGGCGUUACUAUGAGGUUUUUAAGAGAAUGAAACGAUAAAUAUGAUGCUCCGCUGUGGGUUUUAGAAAGUUGAACAGGCAAACCCGUUUACGACUUAGAACAUGGGCCUAAGUUGUUGUAUUUUUAUAAAAAAAUAAAAUGAUUUUUGCAGUGAAGUUUGGCAAUGAGUGCUCCGAGGGUGCUGUUGUUCGGGCAUAGUCUAGUAAAGAGAAUAGAGGUACCCAGUGAUUCUUUCUCUGCAGAAACCUUGAAGAAAUGUCCACCAUCACUGGAUUUGAAUGAGAAGCAAUGCAUGUUGACAUAUGAAGGAGUGCCAGGGGGUAAUUUUAAAAAAUUGAAUGAAAGUGCGAUUUGGAAAUCUAUGAACAAUUUCGACGUGGUAGUUGCUCAGAUAGCUGGUAAUGAGAUUGACAAUUUUGCAAUGUCAGAGGAGAGAAUUACUGAGGUGUUUCAUGGGACUAUAGACAUGAUUCAUAGGAUUCGGCGGCGAGUUGCUAAAGUAGUCCUGUGCAAGCUAUUUUAUAGACGGAUGUCUCUGGCACGUUCUUCAAGAAUACGAUCUUUACAGCAGCAAGUGAGUUACAACAACAAUGUUGACAGAGUAAAUAGGAGGUUAGCUCAGGUGCUAGACCAUUCAACGGGUACCUAUUUUUGGAAGACAAAGGGACAAGUGAUGAAUGGCCUUGACAUGUUAGGAGAGGAUGGUACCCACUUUUCCGAAGAUGGGCACUAUAAGUAUUGGAGGUCAUUGAGGGGAGCGGUGAUGCAUGGCCUCACAA